AUGAGCGACCCGUGUUUUACACCAGAAGUGUCUAGAGCAGCUAGUUCUGCUGCCUUGUCCUCGCCAGCAAACCAUCCUGCAUCAUCUAGCGCAAGCCCAGCGCAGGGUGAGAUCCGCGAGCGAGUUCUUCUGCGAGUGUACGACCUGGGCCAGAGUUCUAUCACACGCGGGUACAAUAGCGUGGCGAAGAACUGUGGGGCAUUCCAUACAGGUGUCCAGAUAUCCGAGGGGGAGUGGUCCUUCGGCAUGACCAUGGACAACUCCACCGGCAUCACUUGGUGCUCCCCUGGGCAGAACCCCGACCACAGCUUCCGAGAGGUGCUGUCGAUGGGGUACACGCAGUGCUCGCCUGAUCAGGUCGCCAGGAUCCUGCAGAGCAUGCGGGUGGAAUGGAGGGGCUGCACGUACAACGUGCUGGCCCGGAACUGCCACAACUUUUCCGACGAGUUCUGCAAGAAGCUGGGCGUCGGCGGGCUGCCGGACUGGGUCAACACGCUAGCGGACUCGGGACACCAGGCGUGCGAGCUCCUGCACAGCAGGGACACCGGCGCAAGCGGUGGAUCUUCGGCUUCUUCAGCGGCCUGCGGCAGUCGCUCACGGGCGCCCCCGCGGCGACCGAGGAGCGCGGCGACUCGGGCAGGGCUCGGGGGCGGCAGCCGGGGCGUGAGAGGCUGUGCGCGUGGUGAGGCGGCGGCCCGCCUAUUCGCCGAGCGCUGA